AUGGCAAUAGGCGGAACAAUUUGCCCCUUUCCCCGCGCCAAGGGUGCGCGCGGCCCAUUCUCGUGGCUGCACGGCGCGCUCUGCUCCCCGCAUCACGCGGCGCUGCUGCGAGCCCCCGCCGCCCUCUUCUUCCUGCUCCUCGCCGCCGCAUGGGUCUCGGGCGCCCUCCAUUGGCCCUUGUUCUCCCUCCCCACCUUCAGCGCCGUCGAAAGCGGCGUAGGGCCGUCCGAACUAGCUGUGGAAAUGGCGCGGCUGCAGGCAAUCGAGAGUCUCACCUCGAGAAUGUCGACCGGAUCGGCGACGCGGCGUGAUGACGUGGCAGCUGGAGGUGACGUGAAGAGAAAAGCGCCGCGAAAGGUGGGCGGUGAAAAGGCCCAUCCGCCCGUGAAAGAAGGGGAGCGGGUGGUGAAGAGGGGGGAGCGGGUGACAGUGAGAAGGGAAGAAGCGAGAGGCGCUCAAGGGGUCGAGAAGGAAUCGGACGCGCAACUCGCGACGCUGAAUACCAAGCAAGUGGCGCAAGUAGCAAACUCUCUAUUGGAGCAGGAGAUGUCAGCGGGAGACGCGGGUGAGUCGCGGGAAGGCGACGGAGUGGAGGUAGAAGGUCGGCGGGAGGAUGCGCGCGAAGGGGGCGAUGUGUCGGAUGAUAUCAGCGCAGCUACUAGUGAGGGGAGCAGCGCAAAUGGGGAGGGGCGGGAGGAGAGGACCAGUGAAAAAACCGUAGUCGAGUCUAAGGGGAAGAACGGGGAGGCAAGAGAGGCAGGGGAAGGGGAGAAGGUUGGUGGGGAGGAUGAAGCGAGGCAAGGAGAUGACGAUGACAGUGACGAGGACACAGGCGGGCUGGACCGCGAUCGACUCGAUCCAGCCAUUCCCCCCACCCAUGACCAUGGCGCUGCGGCUGGUGAGGCGCUCAGCGGCGAAAAUGAAGGCGAUCCCGUCGCCGCUGGUCACGAAUCUUCCACUGAGGCAGCUUUCGCUGCAGAUACCACUACUGACACGUCGGGUGACUCCUCGUCAUCACCCCCUUCCGAAGAGACCGCGCUAUCAGCGUCGCAAUCAGCAUCGCCGAACGGGAAUGAAGACUCGCAGGCGUCGCCAUCCGUCGCACAGCCAUCGUGCGACGGCCGCCGUGUGUUCGUCUACUCGAUGCCACCCAUCUUCAACGACGACGUCGUUCGCACGGCGUGCGACGACCCGGUGCUCGCAUGGCUCACCUGCGACGCCUUCCGCAACCGCGCGCAGGGCCCCCGCCUCCCCGUCGACCGCGACGGCGGGCGCGCGCUCAUCGCCGCGCUGCUGGCGGCGAAGAUGGAAAAAACGGUGCAGGCGCGGUCGGAGGGGGAAGUGGAAGGCGCGGAAGGCGCGCAAGCGGGGGAGUGGGCGUGGUUGCACCGGUGGUACAGCACGGAGCAGCACCAAAUCGAAGUACACUUCCGCGCUCGCUUGGAGGACCACCCAUGCCGCACGUACGACGAUACCAAGGCUGACGUGUUUCUGGUGCCGGCUUAUAUGGGGUGGAACGCUUAUAAGAACACGGCUUACCGGGGCCACAUGCCGCACCCGGGUCUUGCGCUCAAGGAGUUUCUUCUCGGGCAGCCCGCGUUUCAGCGAACCAAGGGAUCGCGCCACGUGGUGGUGCUGGGGCGCGCAAUUUGGGACUUCGCCAAUCAUAAGCUAGUGGACGACCCGCCAUAUUAUAACGUCAUUUUUGUGCCAGAGCUCGCUAAUGUCACGUUCCUUACAGUCGAGCAGCCGCCCUAUAGAGAGAGCUACGCGACGCCUAUCUUCUCAGUACCGUACACCACCACUUUCCACCCCGCGUCGCUUGCGGAAAUCAACCAUUGGCUCGCGCUCGUCGCCGCGCGCCGCCGCCCGUUCCUCUUCUCCUACGUGGGCGGACGCCGCCCCUCGGGCACCGCGAGCGGGCCGCUGCGCAAGGCGCUGAUCGCGGAGUGCGAGCGCGCGGGGAACGCGACGUGCCUGUGGAUGAAAUGCACGGGGCCCGACGAGGUGGGGCAGGAGCUGCCGCUCUUCACGGCGGCGGACGCGGCGGCAGACGCGGGGACCGCGCUGGCGGAGGCGGUCGAGGCGGUGGUGGGGAGCGCGGCGCCGCGGGACGCGGAGGGGGAGGACGUGGCGGAGUGGGUCCCGUCGGGAUGCUAUGACACGUGGCAGGUGGCGGUGGUGAUGCUGCAGAGCAAGUUCUGCCUCCAGCCGACAGGGGACAGCGCUGUUAGGCGCUCCACGUUUGACUCAUUAUUAGCAGGAUGCAUUCCCGUGUUCUUUAAAGAGGAGAGCUUCAACAUACAGUACCCGUGGCACUUCCCUGAAGACAGGAGCAGCAUCUCCGUGACGCUGGACGGGGAGGGCGUUCUGAAUGGGACGGCUGACGUGGCAGCUGAGCUGGCGGCGAUCCCGGAGGAGCGUGUGGCGAGCAUGCAAGCGAGGCUCAGGGAGUUGGUGCCGCAGCUGCUGUACCGCCACCUGGCAGUGCCACGUGGUGGGGAGGGGGCGGAGCGGAGGGUUGGGGGGGAUAUUAGGGAGGGCGGUGCGGUGGAGAGUGGUGGCGGGGAGUGGAAGGAUGCUUUUGAUGUGUCGUUUGACAGCCUGGUUGCUGAGUUCAAGCGGAGAGAGGGGAAGAGUGAAGGGGGAGAGGGGGGUGAGUGA